CCCAAAUCUACACUAAAGUGUAGCAAUAAAAGUCAAAAUGUUGACAAAUAUCGCAUUUACUAUACUAUUAGCUAUAGUGGGCUGUAAUGGCAGCCCUAAUAGCGACCCCCACUUCGUGGACGACCGGUCCGUAAUCGUGCAGAUGUUGGAGUGGAAGUUCUCAGAGGUGGCCAAAGAAUGUGAGCAAUUUCUGGGCCCCUAUGGCUACGGGGGUGUCCAGGUAUCGCCGGUGCACGAGUGUGCCGUACUGGUGAACCGACCCUGGUGGGAACGGUACCAACCGGUCAGCUAUAAGAUCGAUGGCAGGAGUGGUAAUGAACAGCAGUUCGCAGAUAUGGUCAGCAGAUGUAAUAAAGUCGGGGUCAGAAUAUUCGUGGACAUUGUGCUCAACCACAUGACUAUGGCUGAGGCCGGUAAGGGAACGGCUGGUGACACAUACGACGGCGGAAACUUCAAGUACGACGCCGUGCCCUACACUUCCCAAGACUUUCACGGUCACGAGUCAUGUCCCCAGGGAGACCUCAAUAUACACGACUCGGACAACCCCACCGAGGCUCGCAUGUGUCAGUUGGGAGGGCUCCGGGACCUCAAUCAGGCCAAAGACAAUGUGCGCCAAAAACAGUCGGAGUUUCUCAAUAAACUCAUUGACAUCGGAGUCGCGGGUUUCCGAUCGGAUGCCUCUCAACACCAGUGGCCACAAGACCUGAAAAGCAUUAUCUCAGGACUGCAUACACUCAACACCACAUACUUCCCGGCUAACAGUCGACCCCUUUUCUAUCACGAGUACAUAGAGCACGGACCUAAUGUUAAAGCCUCGGAGUAUACGCCAUUGGGUCGAGUGAUCGAGUUUAAAAACUACGAAAACUUAGCAAGGGUGUUCAGAGGUCUCAAUAAUCAAAGGGUGUGUUACCUACGAAACUAUGGCGGAGGGCCUAAGGGCUGGGGUAUGUUAGCCACUGAGGACGCUGUGGUGAUGAUCGACAACCACGACCUCCAGAGAGGACACGCCGGUGACAUCAACGUGACCGUCACCUUCUUUGAACCCAAACUACUCAAAAUGACCACCGCUUUCAUGUUAGCCUGGCCAUACGGCAUACCUCGUAUUAUGAGCAGCUAUAAUUGGCCUAGGAAA